AUGGAUAAGAGAAAAAACUUUUCAUCUCAGUACUCAUCUUCCCGUGAGGAAAGGAAGGAGAAAUAUACACAGGGCCAAGAUUUAGAUAAUAGUACUCUAGAGACAUUAGAAAAAAUUAUAAAUGAAUUGAAAUCUAACACUGAAUCUAGAAAUUACCAAGCGCUAAUUCAAUUUUGUCAAAAUCGUUUCCUAUCACAACUACUCCAAUCAUGGUCAUAUUUUGCACAAGUUAAUAACCAUUCCAAAUUCAUAUAUACCUCCAAAUUAAUAUUGAAUUUACUCAAAUUGCUAGGAUCAGACCCAUGUGUGAUUCCAUUUGGUACUGAAUUGAUUCAUUCAAUCUUCACAAAUUACACCAAAGUAAUGUAUAGAGGUUUGAAUAACAACCGUAUUAAAUUAAAUAUUCCUAUCCUUCAUCUAAUGAAAGAAAUCAUCCUGUUUAAUGAAAGUCAACAUGUCGAUCAAAUCCUAUCAUAUUUCAAUUUAGGUAGUCCUUCCAUAUUAAGAAUAUUGACUCCUUCUAAAUCAGACUUGACAGAAUCCAACCCAACAUCAACUUCCAACGAUAAAAUGUCUGUUAGAAACUCAUUCUUAGAUUUCUGGCUAACAUUAAUAGAAAAAUCUUCCCCAUUGGCUAGAAAGGAUUUAUUAUCAGAUAAUUUCAAAAUUAUGAGUGCAUGGUUUAAAUAUAUGGAUAAAUUAGAUUCAAUUGACAUAGCAGAAAGAACAAUGAUAGUAUUUACAGAAUCUAUUCUAAUGGAAAAAACUUUCAAAAGAAUGACCAAGACCAAAAUAUUAAAUGAAUUAGCAUUGUCCAAGAUUCAUAAAUUUUAUUAUUCUAACGAUAAGGCAUUAGUAUUGAAAACAAAUAAAUUCUUCCUAACUUAUGCUGCUAACCAUGAAACUAGCGUGGCAUUCCCAGAUGAUUGUGUCUGGUUUACUGAAUCCCCAACUAAUGGGACAAACAAUGGUGUCCCAAUAACUGUCCAUCAAAAGGAAUUCAAUAUUUAUAACAAACUAUUAUUCAACAUGUUAAGGUUUUUCAAACCUUGGGAAGAUGAUCAUCAAUCAUCUACUGUUUUAAAAGUUUUAGAAAAUGUUCCAGAACUGGUGGCUCCAUAUUGUACUUAUUUAGCUUCACUAGGGUCUCACGAUCCAAAAAUGACUUCAUAUUGGUUCGGUGCAACUUUAAUGCUUUGUAGAAUCAUGAAAUUAGAAAUCCCUUCCUUUAUGACAAAUAUUGAUACAGAUUUGAUCCCAUCCCUUCCAUUAGUCAUUGAAAAUAUUCUUCCUUCUCCAUUAACUAAAAAUUCAUUAACAAAAGGUCUACAACAUGAAUCUUCUCUUGUCAAACAAUUGACUUGCCAACUAUUAGUAUUUGCAUUCCAAAAAUUACAAAAAGUCUUAACUCUCUACGACAAGAAAGGUUGGGGUUCAGCGAAAGCUCCUUUGAACGUUGCAUUCCAUUCAAACCUUCCUGACUUAAAUGUUAUCACAUCAGUUUUGACUCAAUCUUAUGCAUCAAAUAAAGAAAAUAAAAUAUUACCAUUAUCAGUGACAAUCAUUUUAAAAUAUUAUAGUGAAUGUUUCUCUAAUUUCUUUUCUGUUAAUUUACCAUCAUCAAAUAUUUAUGUCGAUAUAAUGCAAAAGAAUACCUUUUCAGGUAUGGAAUUGACCAUCUUGGACAAUUUCCUACAAUAUCAAGAAUUUAAUGAAACUCAAACCAAAUGGUGGAAUUCAACGUCAAAUGAAAACUCAUUAUUUACUUCUCUUUUAAAAUUAUCAUCAUCUCCAAAUUCCACGGAUCCAGUCUCUUCAAAGAUAUCAACAUUGAUUGACAGUUUGAUAUAUAGUACCGUCAUCUUUAACAAAUUACUAAUAUCACCCAUUGUUGCCCUUGUUAAUAGUUUACAAAUCAUUCAAUUACAAGAGCAAAAAAAAUAUGAUUCAUUAACAAAACUUUGGAAACUACUUGACGAAACUAUCGCACGCUGUAUCAAGACACCAUAUAAAUAUGUUGAUAUAUCAAAUGAAUAUGAUUCUAUUUCUCCUUUCAUUACCGCUUUGUUAGAACAAUGGAAAUUUGUUCCAAGAAAUACUUCCACUGAUGACAUUGUUAAAUUCAUUUUCAUAUUCUUAAGAAAUAUGAGCAUAAUAGGUGAAUCACAUGACGGUAUCAAAAGAGCGGCAACUGCCCUAUUGAAGGAUGUCGAUAAUAAUUAUUUUGAUUUAUACUUGGAUUUCCAUAACACAGAAAAGAAAAUUGAAGAAUUGAAUAAGGAUUCUUAUUUAUUAUCAUCCAUUUCUGAUUCAUCUUUCUUCCAAUACAUUAGUUUAUUGCCAUAUACACGAUUGAAAAAUGUUUCAAGAUUCCCUAUCAAUGAAUAUGAUGUCAUCGGAACAAUUUAUAGAUUAAACACCAUAGUUGACAAUGAUUCCAUUCAAUUCAAUAAAGAAUUCAAAUCAGUAAUUGAUAAUCUUUCAUCUAAAGUCGCUAAAUUUGCAUUUAUUGAAAAGGAUUUUGACCUAAUGAGAUUACAACUAAUACAGCCAUUCUUCAAUAAGAUAAGUGAAGAUGAUUCUACUGAAAAUACAAUCUCUAAGUCACUAUGUAUUAUCAAUACUUUAUUACACAUCUAUGACCAAUUGGGAAGGGCCAAUGAGCCAUUCGAAGAGUUUUUACUCAAUUGGACACAGGCUAACCAUUCCAAACUACCAUCUGACACUCUCGUUGCUAUUGCCAUGUGUAUUGACCCAAGUAAGAUUGAUAUUUUUAUACGUCCGCCUUUCAAUUUUGGUCCUGCUGAAUUAUCAAUUGUAUUUUCGAGAUUAUAUAAAGAAACCCCUAAAACGAUUGAAUACUCAGACAUAGAAUAUUUGUUAACCCAUUCCAUGGAUAGUAUCAUACCUGCUAUUCCUUCUUUAUCUAAAUUUAUUUUAGAAGGUAGAAUUUCCUCGUUGGAUUCUAAGUCGUUUUUAUCACAAUUAUUGAACAAUAUUUCUACUUCGAAAUUAUUAGAAGUGUUUUUGCAAUCACCAUAUUUUUCAAUCGACGUUAUUUCAGAAAAUCUAGAAACUUUGAAGGAAAACAAAUAUGCGAAGAAAAUUGCUAUUGGUAUAUUAGAGAAAAAUCAACAAGAGCAAGAAAACAUCAAGGAAUUUGUAGAAUUAUGUGUAAAACAAUGUUACGAAAACUUGAGAACACCUCAAGAAAAUGAAGAUAUUGAAGAUUCAUUGGCGUUAUUAACUUUAGGGGUACAACUCCUUUCAUCUGAACAAGUUGCUGAUCUCAUAACCUUUGUUACUAUUGAAUAUUCACAUAAAUAUAGCCCAUUGGCUGUGAAAUUGAUUACUCUAGUAGGUGAUUUUGAAAAUGAUCAGAUCAUAAAAUGGUGCAACAAAGCUGUUUUGUAUAUUACUAAAUUUUUAUCAGAAGAUGUUGAGCUUACUUCCAAAUUCUCCAAUGUCUUGAAGGAAUUUAAGAAAUCAAUCCAAAAAGUGAACAUAUGGGAAAAAGUCAACCACGUACUAAUUAAUUCCCAAUUAGAAGUUAUAUUGAAAGGUAAGCUAUUAUCUGAUGCACAAGUUGCUGAGUAUGCCUUAUUAUUGAUUCUUGGAGGGGAUUCUAAGUCAGUUCAAAGUGAAAAAAUGGUUCAAUUACUAUUAAAUAAUGAGAAGAGUGUUUUAAACUCAAAAUCGACAGCUGAAGAUGCUUAUACACGUUAUUUGACUGUGACUAUUUUGUACGUGUUAUUCAACCUAAAUGUUACUAAGAAUUCAACGGUCCUAAUUCAAAGAAAGGUAUUAUCAUACUAUUCUGGUUCUGUAUCUUGUGAAGAUAGAUUGCUUCUUCAAAUACUAGAAAGAAUCGAAUCGAAAAGCUCCAUUUCAUGGACUAAUGAUAUCUACACUUGGGAUUUCCUUGAAAAUGUCGAAGAAGAGGCAUUGGAUUUCAUUGGAGCUACAAAACUAAUAACUCAAGAAAAGGAAGGUUUGAUACUUACUUUAAGAAAAGAUUAUAUUGAUAAUACCAUCAGAAAUUAUGCUCUAAAGAGACCAGCUGUGCCAAUCCUUUCGAAAUCAAAGUCGAUCAGUUCAAAGUGGGACCAUCUAAAUAUGUUUUAUGAAAAUACGAAACGUGAUCUUGUAAACAAUUCUGAACUUAUUUAUGAUCCAUUAUUUAUUUUGUUAUUAACUAUCCACAAUAAAGAAUUGGUAAGUUACUCAAAGAAGGAAGAUGGAACACUAAAAUAUAAAUUUGAAGUACAAAAGUUCCUUUCAUCUAAAUUAUUCCAGUUGAUUAUUUUCAGUCUUGCUGAUCCAAUCGAAGAAGUAAACAAAAUUGCUUUAUCCUUAUUAAACGGUAUGAUGAAUUCAUUAGAAAAUAAUGUUCAAUUUAAAGAUGGUCAUAUUUUCCAAAUCUUAAUCAAGAAAAUCAUAUUCACAUUGGAUAAUAAUGAAAAGAAACGCUCUCAUUCUAUACCUCCGAUAGUUUGGUUUUCAAUCUCACGCAUCUGUGAUAUUCUUUUACAGCCAACAUCACAACUAUAUGAAAAGGCAUUCCGUUGGGUUUUAAAUGGUCCAUUAAUUCGUUCCAAUGAUAUUCCUUUAAUGCAUGAUCUAAUUGCUCCUCCAACAUCAGAAGUGAAUUAUGAAAAUUAUUAUAAACAGUUGUCUUGGGUAUUGGAGAACCUGGAAGAAGGUGUGAGAACACAAGAUGAUAUUGAUUUAUUGAAGAUUAGAGAUGUUUUUGAAUGGUUAUACAACUUGAUGAAUUUACCUUAUUUAAAUCCAAGAAUGAAAUCAAUGAUAAGCCGUAUAUUUUUUAAUAUACAAAGAAUUGAAAAUGGUGCUUCAAGUCUUUUGACUAGAUAUGCUUCUGUAGCCACGUUAGAAUUGCAAAGUAUAAUAACACAACAGAAGGAACGAGAAGUUGAAGAUUCAUUAUUGAAGAAUCAAAUGAAUAGCAAACAUCUAAGGAAGAAGUUGUUACUAGAAGAACAACUACUUAAUCAUAAAGAAGUAUUACAAGGCUAUGUAGAAGUUAUGAAAUCUCAGAAAAGACUAAGGGAAUGGACUGAGGACGAUGGUGAGGGCAUUCUUAAGAGAAUGUGUGCAAGCAAGUAA